AUACAUUGCCAUUACCAUUGUAAUAUUUUUCCAUCUCUACGACGACUGAAAAAUGCCAUCGGAUGACGACGAGAGCAGCGCUCGGAUCACACAGGAUCAUCAACACCGAUCGCCACCGACUCCUCCGUCGCCGCCGACGUCUCAGGAAACGCCUACCGUAUCGUUCGAGCUACAGUUGAAGCAAGCGGCGUUAAGACUCGGCGCGCGUGUCGUCGGCCAACUGAAGACGAACUAUGGGGACCGUGAUCCAUCUUCGUUGACCGCCGUAAUCGGCACAGCAAACGCCAACAGAGACCACACCAGUGCCGACAUCGCCUUACCAAUAUCAUCACCACCAUCACCACCACCACCACCACCAUUAUCACCACCACUACUAUCUCCGUCACUGUCGCCUUCUGAACAAACCGAGCAGCGGGAUUCUUCAAUCAAAAUGCAUGUUGAACGUAGAACACUCAAUACUGUUGAUUUUGUGUUAGCCUAUAAAAGACAACGAAAGGUUGCUGAAAACAAAAGUAAACUAGACAACGAGACUGAAAGGCGAAAGUUUUAUCAUGAAUUACAAGCACAUGGGAUUUUGGUAAACAUUGACGACGACCCAACGUGUUCACUAGAUGCAGGCCGGACGUGCUUUGCUUUGCUACAACUAUCACAGCGGCUCUUAGGAUGUAGUUGCCGGUGUCAUACAACAAAUAAUAAUAAUAGCGGUAAAAGUGAAGAUAAACCAACAGUUUUCAAAUCAAAAGAUGUUAAUUAUCAACAGCAUUCAAAUGGCAGUAUUAAUCAUGAAAAAAAUAAUGAAAUAUUAACAUCUGCUCAACGGGCACAGAUCGUGUGGCACAUCUUACUCCGAAUAGGUUCUGGUAAUCAACAGGACGCGAAUGUUAUGAGUCUUGAACAAAUGCUUGAGACCGAUAUAAUUUCUGCCGCCUAUCCAAUACACGACGGCAGUAUUAAAUUCGAAAAGGGAGAAGACGUGACCAACAUCAAUGAUAGACGAGUUCUUUACGAAAAAUGGGCUAGGCCAGGUCUAAUCAUACCCCGACAAUGGAAAUCCGAUAAAAACAUUACUGCUCUGAUUCGAAAGUAUUAUGGCAUUCCUGUAGCUGUUUAUUUUUGUUGGCUCCGGUACUAUACGAUAUGGUUAGUAGGUCCUGCCAUAGCUGGACUAGUAUGGUUUCUGUACGGAUUGAUAACGACUCGUAGCGAUAUACCAACCCAUGACAUUUGUAAUCCAAAAUCACAAGUAGCCGAUUGGAUCCUAUGUCCAACUAGAAGGUGCAAUGUGAGUUUUUGUGGCUUCACAAGGGUACUGGACACUUGUGGGCUAUACAGAUGGACGUCAGCUGCGACUUUCGAUAGACCAGGCGCAGUCGUGUUCGCGAUUUUCAUGUCAUUUUGGGCCACGGCGUUUCAACAACUGUGGGCCACGUACGCUGGACGGAUGAACGAACGGCGCGACGGCGAAACGCGUACGACGUUCGAAUGUUGCGCCAACUGUCGUUGGUCCGGUGGCGAAAAAGUGCCACUGCAGCUACCACCCACUUGGCAGCCGCCGCCGCCGCCGUCGUCGCACGGGCCGCGUUGUGGCCGUCACGCGCGACAACCGUCGCCCGCCGUCCGCGGGUCCGUCGUCCACCACCAGACGGUGGUUUCGCGACCGAACAACGCCGACCGCGGUCGAUCGCCGGCGCUCUCGGUGGACGCGAUCCGCCAGUGGUGGACGGCCAAACUGUCGGACGCGCUACGGGCCAUGGCGUUUUUCGCGACACUGGCCACCGUGGCCGCGGUGCCCAUACUGAUCGUCGUGUACCGCGGCCGGGUCAUCGGGUGGCUCAUGCUGGCCGUGUUCCACCAGGACGACCGCGGCGGACGGCCACCGCAACCGGCGACAGCGGCUGGCCGCUACGGCGACCACCACAGACAGCACAAUUUCUUCCUGUUGAACUACGCCAACAGCGGCGAGCUGAGCAACUGGAAGACGGCCGUGGCCGCAGCGUGCGCCACUUUCGUCCAGCUCACUGCCAUCGUGACCGUCCACCGCGGGUACAGCGGCGUGGCCAAGUGGCUCACCAAGUACUCGUAUCGUUCGGCGUACAACCCUCGGUACCAGAGCCUUUACACCGCCUACAUGUCUUGUUUCGAUUCCGCCAAUUACUAUUCCAGUUUGGUUUACAUCGCUUUUUUCAAGGGUCGCUUCGUGACUGAAGACAGACAACAUGUGGAUAGUUCGUCCAGAUUCAUGCAUUUUUGGCCCAUUUCUAUGUUUUGGAAUGUAAUACAUGAUAUUAGAGAAGACGUUUGCGAUCCCGCGGCUGCUGGAACGGGAUGCGUACCAGAGUUGUGUACCCAAUUGGCCAUUAUAAUGGUGGGCAAACAGCUGAUAGACAACGCGAUUGAGUUGACAACACCGCUAACUUUAAAUGUAUGGCGCCGAUGGCGGGCAAAAGAGAGUCGCCGUCGAAAUAAAUUGCAUGGAAAAUUACCGGACACUAUUGUUGAAACACUCAGACACCCAAAACAAUGGCAACUCGACUAUCAGCUAGAAGAUACUGGAUCGUUGGGCCUUUACCAGGAAUAUUCGGAGAUGGUCAUUCAGUACGGAUUUGUGGUCAUGUUCACAACGGCAUUUCCACUGGCUCCGUUGUGUGCUCUAUUAAAUAAUAUAUUGGAGCAACGUCUUGAUGCGUACAAAAUGGUAGCGGCUCAGCGACGUCCAGUUCCUUCCUACUUCUGUACUAAUAAAAAUUAUCACGAUAAUAUCAUCCGAGGAAACAUGAAGUGUUGCGAUAACUGCAACAAAUUGUGCACAUGGACACAAGUUUUGAAGAUUAUGUCAGUAAUCUCGGUCUUGUAUAACGCAUUUAUGAUUGCAUUUACCAGCGACCUGUUACCUCGGUAUGUGUACUCUCAAAUCUCAACCGAAGCGUCGUCUUCGUUGGACGGCUACGUUGCUUGGUCUUUAUCCUCGAAAAGAAAUGUGACUGAAUACUAUUAUGGACAAUUAGGAAACAUAGAUGCACCUGAAACAUGCCGAUACAGGGGAUAUGGUGCUGAUGCUGAUUCGGAGCACAAUGACUAUAGGAAUUGGCAAGUGUUGGCUGCCCGAUUAGCAUUUGUCGUAAUAUUUGAGCAUUGCGUAAUAGCAUCCAUCGCGGCCCUGGUGUAUUUCAUCCGGAAAACGUCCUCCAAGUACAAAAUUCACACGGAUUCGAACGUCAAAAGUCCGUCCAGCGACAAAUUGGCCGCAGGUACGUCGGCCGUUAACAGCCCCAAUGCAGGCUCUGCGGCCGUCAUCUAUGCAACAGACAGCUCUUUGGCCGCUGCAAACGACGAGAUGGAGGAAGGACGGCCUCGGGCGUUCAACGGAAACCCGGUGGCUGUACUGUCAACCAUGGAAGUAGUCGAUAUGGAAAAUGAUGACCAAGAUAAGUAAAUGAAUCACGAAGUCUCGCCGCCUUCCAGGAGGCGCUGGCUUGAAGAGAUAACAGGAUUCGCUACGUUUUGCCGUGACUUAAUCCACUAUCAUACAAUGUAUAGUAAAUUUUUCUGUAAAUGAAACAGUGAAAGCUAAAAUUGUUUGCGACUAAUAAUUAAUGUAUCAUUAAUAAAAAAAUUUAAAAAAAGUGUAUAACCCGAUUCACCUCAAAGGCGCUAGUAGUCGCUGUUUUACGGUACCUCGAAAUAUAUUUGCAUGUGCGUGAUUUCCUAGCAGCUACUAAGAGCUUUUAAAUAAAUCUGAUUUCAGCUUUUUCUACGGUUCAUUUUUUAAUUCAUAACUGU